AUGUUUGUCCCAUUGCUUCAAUCUUUGUCGACACUCAAAAGUAGGGCUGUCCGUGGGUCGGUUCGGUUCGGUUCUGAAGAGACCCGAACCGACCCAAACUUUUCUUCAAAUGCGGGAGUGGAGGGCUCUGUUGUUGUCGGCAAGCUGUUGGAACAGGUUAACCCUGAUCUUGGUUAUGAUGCUGCUAAAGGUGAAUAUGUUGAUAUGGUCAAGGCAGGAAUUAUCGAUCCAUUGAAAGUCAUCAGAACUGCACUGACUGAUGCUGCCAGCGUGUCUUCUUUAAUGACGACAACAGAAGCGAUUGUUGUUGAACAACCUAAGGACGAGAAGGCGGCCCCUGACAUGGGCGGUGGCAUGGGUGGAAUGGACUACUAA